AUUUAUACUCGACUUGACCGCCAGAGAAGUCCUUUCGGCGAUCGCGGAAUCGAGUGGCCUCUGCGAAACUGCGACGGGAGAUGGAAAGAUUGAAGCCCGGCGGGGGUGGGAGCGAGAGAGGAAGCGCAGCCGCGGCGUCGGAUAACGCCGUGCCGUCGCGACGCCCAGUUUGCGGAUAACGACGCCCGCGUAAGGGACGGUCCGUGUGCACUCGGCAGACGCCUCGUUUCGAUAAACUGGCGUUCGAUAUAUAUAGAUAUGUUAAAGUGUGUGUUGUGUGAAUCGUUGGAAGAUUUUAUUAGUGUAAAUUAGAUUAUUAUAGAAAUAAUGUUGUUGGUGUAAAUUUAGUGGUAGUUUUCUAAUAUUUAAAAAAUAUCGAAUGGCCUCGAGAGCGUUCUAACAGGACGAUAUAACUCGGGGGGAAGUUCGAGUUAAAAACCGCCCUACAGGACUUUGUAACCCUUGGAAAAGGGUACAAGCGGUUAGGUGGAAACUUCCCGCAGGAAAAUCUCGCAGGAAAGGGACAUUCGGUCGUCGGGCCGAUGCGGUCGCGAUGAAAACCUAACGGGGCUGCAGGCGUUAGGGGGGGAAUGUGCUUAAGGGACAGCAAGGCAUCGUCGAGCGUGAAACGGUACGGGGCGCCGUCGCCCCGCCAUGUGGCGUCGCCGCCAACGAUGACCCGACCGAUCGGCAUGGCGCUGUUCGGCAUGGUGUGGCUGUUGCGCGUGCGCAGCGAGAUGAAGCGGUGCGCCAAGUGUCGCCGGGAGUGCGACAAGGACGGACGCCGACGCCUGCAGAGGACGCCGGCGUCCUGUUCGACGUUCUUCACCAUCGACGUGUCGAACGACGGCGACGGCGACGCCGCGACGACCAUCGACAGGUCCAUCGGGCCCGGUACUUAUUGCGAAGUGCACGGGUUCAAUCCGCCUAAAGACGGUAAGUGGUGCGCUAUAUGGCUUGUUGUUUUUUUUUUUUCGCCAAAUGGUUAA